AUGAUCGGAAAACUCGUGUUCCUGGCCACCCUGGUCCUAGCUCAGGGGAAGCCCCAGGUUGAGAACGAAUACGAUGGAAAUGAAAAAUCCGUGCGUUAUGAGCUUUGCCCCGAGGAAUAUAAACAUUAUCUUCUACCUCAUGAAUACGACUGCACAAAGUUCUAUUACUGUGAAUAUGGAAUGAAAUGGGAGUUACCUCGAGACUGUUCGCCUGGAACUGAGUUCUCGUUUGAAUUACAGGUCUGUAUCCAUCCGACUCUGGCUAAUUGUACACUUCCUGGAACAUCAACAGAUUCAGACGAAGAUUUGUUAGAAAAUGGCUGCCCAGCUGAUUUUGAUGUUCAUAAGUUGCUUCCUCAUGAAACUAAGUGUAAUAAAUUUUAUUACUGCGUCCACGGACAAAAAGUUGAAAGACAAUGCGCGCCAGGCACUUAUUUCAAUGCUGAGUUACAAGUGUGUGACUGGCCGGAGAAUGUUGACUGCAGUAAUUUCGAAAGUGGCGAGGAUGAAGAAGAUUGUGAGAAUAACGAUACUGAUGGUGGAGGAAUUCUACCAAACGGAUGCCCUGCCGAUUUUGACAUUCAUAAACUAUUGCCACAUGAAAGUGAUUGCAGCAAAUUUUACUACUGCGUAUUUGGAGAGAAAGUGGAGAGAUCGUGCGCCCCUGGUACACUCUUUAAUCCGGAGUUACAGGUAUGCGAUUGGCCGAUAAACGUUAACUGUACAACCAACGGCAAUCCUCCAGACACUGACUCAGGAGAAGGCAGUGGUGACCCUGAUAUGGAUACAGAUGGAAUGCUUCCUAACGACUGUCCCAGCGAUUUUGAUGAACAUAAGCUUCUGCCACAUGAAACUGAGUGCAAUAAAUUCUAUCAAUGCGUUUUUGGAGAAAAAGUCGAAAGAGAAUGUGCGCCAGGAACUUACUUCAACCCAGAACUUGAAGUAUGUGAUUGGCCGCAUAACGUAGAGUGCGCUGGUUCUGUUGGAGGUGAUGGUGGAAGUGGAGGGGCUGGUGGGGAGGACUUACCCAACGGUUGUCCGGCAGAUUUCGACAUCCACAAGCUAUUGCCCCAUGAGACAAAUUGCUCCAAAUUUUACUUUUGCGUUUUUGGUGAAAAGGUUGAACGAGAGUGUCCUUCGAAUACCCAUUUCAAUCCAACGUUACAGGUAUGCGACUGGCCUGAAAAUGCUGGUUGUGCCAACAACGAUGGUGGUAUUGAAAGUGGUGGUGGAGGAGACGAAGGAAACGGUGGAGAUGGAAGUGGUGAAGGAGGAAGCUGCGGAGAUGGUAGCGGUGGACAAGGAAUCUGCGGAGGAGAGGGAAGCGGAGAAGGCGGAAGCGUAGAGGGCGAAGGCGGAGAAGGCGAAAGCGGGGGAGGGGAAAGCUGCGGUGGAGGCAGUGGCGAUUGUGGCACUGAUGGAAAUGGAGACGAAAACGGCAACGGUGAAGGAGGACUGCUUCCAAAUGGAUGUCCAAGUGACUUUGACAUUCACAAACUUCUCCCACAUGAAACAGACUGCGACAAGUUCUACUACUGCGUGCUUGGAGAGAAAGUGGAACGCACCUGUGCACCUGGCACGCAUUUUAAUCCAAUGCUGCAGGUGUGCGAUUGGCCUGAGAAUGCCGGUUGUGCUACCAAUGGAGGUGGAGAUGGAGGUAGCGGCGAAGGAGCUGAUGGAGAUGGAGGUAACGGGGAAGGAGGUAGUGGAGAUGGAGAGAGUGAAAGUGGAGAUGGAGAAAACAAAAACAAAUGUGAAGAUGGCUGCAAUAUCCUUCCCUGGCCUCAUGAAAACGACUGCGACAAAUUCUGGCGUUGUGACGGUUCAACAGCUGUUUUAGUCGUUUGUUCCGAAGGACUGCACUUUAACCCAAAAACCCUCACUUGUGACUUCAUCUGUAACGUCUCUUGCAGCAGACGAGAUGUUGAAUCGACGGUUUUAGCUGAUGGUCUCAAAGUAUUCCUACCUUGGGACAAAAUCAACCCCAGAUUAGCUCAGAUGUAUUUGAAUAACAAUAUGAAUUUGUAG